AUGGAAACCGAGAAGAGAGCAAGACGAAUAGCCAAAGUCAAAGUAGCUUGUCGCUCUGAGUUAACAACAACGAAUGUAUUAGAGCUCGGUAUCUUUGAAUGGAAUCGUCAGCAUCUGGAUCGAGUAGAUCUUAACAUUGAUCCAUCACGAGAUACUGUCAAACGUAUUGACUAUGAGACAACAUCGAAAUCAGAAUUCAUCAACUUGUAUGAGUCAACUUCCACACCCAUAGUCAUUACUGGCGCUACGAAGUGGACAGCUUCAAAGACUUGGAAUGUCAAUACUCUGAGAGAACGUCACUCUGACGAAAAGUUCAAGGUUGGCGAGGUGUGCUUUUCUGCCACGUUUUUGCUAGCAGCGAUUCUGAUUAAGACUUUUUGGAUGAGCAAGCCUGAAGACCUCGAGACAAGAAGGAGGCCUGCUGCUGACGACGAAGGUGAAAGCGUAACUAUAAGCAUGAAGCACUAUCUUGACUAUGCUAUGAGUGAUGAAGCCAGAAAGGACGACUCGCCUCUAUACAUCUUUGAUUCAGCAUUCGGAAUUCGUCGCAAACGCUCAGGAAACAAGAGAAAGAGGAUGAACGACGAUAAUAGUGCCGACGAAAACGAAAAUGAAAAAGGAGUAGUUGAUCGUGUGCCUGAUAAAGACUUUAGGAUAUCUCCUGACGUCGCAACGCCUGGCAAUGAUGCUCAACGUAAUGAAUCAGAUUCCAGUAAUGAAGUAGAAGCCAGUAAGGCUCAACAACAACCAGGAUCUAUAUCGCCAGCUGUCAUGUUGAAUGAAUACGAGAUUCCAAAGUAUUUUGAAGACGACUUGUUCAGCUUGACUGGACGUCGAAGACCUCCACAUAGAUGGAUUGUAAUAGGACCUGCUCGUUCUGGGACUGGUGUUCAUGUUGACCCAUUGGGUACUUCCGCUUGGAAUUCUCUCCUUGUAGGCCACAAAAGAUGGGCCUUGUUUCCACCAAACACAGAGAAACGCUUUGUCUCUCCUCGAGGCUUACCUGAUCAUGAAGCUUCCACAUGGUUCAGCAUCGUCUUCUCGUCUCUCACGUCCCGUGAUAAUCUUGAUGAACAAGGACGAACUCUGGCAGAAAGGCUUGGUAUGAUUGAAAUCUUGCAAGCAGAAGGUGAAACUGUCUUCGUCCCUGGUGGAUGGCAUCAUUGUGUUAUGAAUCUGGACUUUGCGAUUGCAGUGACUCAAAACUUUGUCACUCCAACCGGCUUUGACGCAGUGUGGUUAAAGACUCGGUGGUCUCGACCACGACUUGCACAACGAUUAUUGAAAAGACUGUCCCUGUUGGCAAAUCCCCAAAUCGACAGAUCCAAGUUGUCGUUUGUCGUGGCGCGCCCAUUGGACAGCAAGCCAGCAAGUUUCUAUGUAGAUUUAGUCAAGCAGGCUGAAGCUCUUGAAACCACACCAAAUCCAUGCCCAUCGUCUUCAUCAUCGUCAUCUUCUAGUAGCAGUAGCAGUUCGGAAGAUCAGGCGGAUGGCAACGAGGAACUGAAGUCUGAUGACUCAGAUCCAGAAACAGGUGCUUGCGGGUGUCGCAAAUGUAAAAGGAAACGAAUGUAA